CUGUGAUAAAAUGGCUGAAUCAGCAUGAGAACUUAAAUAUAUUAUCGAUGUAUACGCGUUUAUUUUUUAAUUAUAUGUACGUUAAAUCGGGAAAAUAUUAAAAAGUGGAUUAAUUUUUUGUUAAAAUGGUUAGGAAAUAACUAAGACGCGAUUAUACCGUAUUAUAUUGUGCAGUAUGUUUUUCUUUUCGUAAAAUAGAGUUCCCCUUUUUAUGGCAGUUUUUUUAAUGGGUGAACACCUUAUACAGUAUACAUAAAAUGUAUCGCUCAUUUUCGGACAGUUUUAAUCAUUUAUUUUUUCGUACCCACCGUUUAAUUUCAAGUUGUUAUUCAUUCUGUUAGAGAAAAAAAUCAAUAAACUCUCCAGAUACUUUAAUAUUUAAAUAAAUCAUUCGAGUAAUAAGUAAAAACGGAGUCCUCACUAUCAUAUGGGUCAACGCGUAGCUCAUCGGAUCACCUUGAUGCAAUCUUAUUGCAAAUGCGAGAUGUCAGCGAGAGAAAGAAAGAACUGGAAAAGGAGCAGGCUGAAACACUCUCCUCUCUUCGUGAUAAACAAAAUGAACUACAAUGGAGAUCAAAUUGUUCAGCAUCUGAAAAAGUCAAAAUAUGUGAAACCAUCGAAGCUUUGCAGUCAAAAAUCAGAGAAUUGGAGAAGAAGAUGGAAUUACAAAACGUGCACCAUGAAGAAUUACUCUUGGAAAUGGCAGCCAUCAAACGUACUUCUAGUUCGCAACAAAGAUCAAGUCUGCCAGGAAAUUAUACGACCAGUCCAUGGAAAAAACCGAAUGCUUCCAAUCAAGAAGUACAAACAUCUCCUGAAUCAAACGCGUCCGAGCUAAAUUAUUUAGAUCGCCUAACGCCAUCUACUUCUAAUUCAUACGACAGCGGAAACAUUUACGAAAAUCGUCCAGCAAAUUAUCGAUCACGACCGCAUAUUCAUGGGUGUCCUACCAACAUCGCACCAAGUAGUUCGUAUGUAGAUUUGCAUCUUGCCUCAUUAGAUCCGUCUGCCCGCUACUCGAUAAACACUAACACCGCUGUUGCAUGCAAGCCGUAUUGGUCUCAGUCUGAACCACCGUGUACAUGUCCAGUUAGCUCUGAUCAAGAAUUAACUUCUGCUACUCCAAGUAAUGAAAGUGCGUGUUCUGAUGAUUCAGGAAUUCAAAAUGUUUCAAUAUCACAUAACAGCAGCAUCACGGUUGAUAUUGAUAAAAUAAUGGCGAAAAUAGAUCAAGAUAAUAGGAUCUUGGCAGAAUUAGAUAAAACUCGUUCGACAAUAGUGACUCAGGGAAGUAUGACUGCCGAACAGUUGAGACAUAUUAGCGAUAUGGGAAUCAUACCACCAGCGUCUUGUCAAGGGAUGUUACCAGUCAUGCAGUCUUCUGGAUUACCAAUGACUACAUCUCAAACAACCAUUAACCCACCAAUUUCGUUAUCAAAUACUUUCCCAUCGUAUCUACAACAGUAUGAUUUAAGCAAUAGUAUGAGACCAUCGAUGGGGUCAAUGUUUCCUAUGCAGAUGUCGCAGCAAAUGUCACAAAUCCCAGUAUCUCAAUCGACUUUCAGUAUUUUACAAUCAAAUUAUCCCGGAAACUAUUCCCAGAUGUCGUCAAAUUUACUGCAGUCGCAGUUUGAUUUGGAUGCAAGGGUCAUGAAAAAUGGCAAUAUGUCAGGUAGUGCUUUUGCUAGUACAAGUGAUCUCCUUUUACCACACGAGGAUCUCAUGAUGGAAGGUCCGUCUCGCCGUACCCAGGAUAUGGUUGAAAUUCCUGGAAAAGGGUUGUGUAAUAUUUUUAUCUCUAAGUAUUCUUACGAUCCGUUCUCACAAAGUACCAGUAUAUGUCCAGAAGCUGAAUUAGCAAUAAAUGCUGGCGAUUAUCUUCUUGUGUAUGGAGAACCAGAUGAUGAUGGAUACGUGGAUGCGGAAUUAAUGGAUGGAAGAAGAGGUUUAGUACCAAUCAUGUUCAUUCAAAAAUUAUCCGGCGACGAAUUACUAGAAUUUAAUCAACGAGUAUUGAUGGGUAUGAAAGAAGGAGACGAUAGCGCGUCAACUACCAUUCCUCAAGAUAUAGAAACUGUUCAUAUAGAUGAGCAUGGUAAAAAAUUCAGGCCAGACUAUAAUCUUGGUGGUACAACUGAGGAAGAAGAAGAUGUCGAUGAAAGUGAAAGUGAUAUGUUCUUCUCGGUGCUAGUUCCCGCUCCAAAACAACUGACGUUGGAAAGACAGCUCAACAAAAGUAUUUUAAUAAGAUGGAAUGCGCCAGAAGAUUCGCCGACCCAUUGCAUUGAUUCUUACCACGUAUAUGUCGAUGGAGUUUUGAAAACCACAAUCAAAGCAAACGAGCGAACAAAAGCUUUGCUAGAAGGAGUUGAUUCAAACAAACCCCACAGAAUCAGCGUACGAUCUGUGACUCAGAAUAGAAGAACAUCCAGGGAUGCUGCUUGUACUAUGUUGAUAGGAAAAGAUGUUCCAUGCUACCCAACUAAUGUCAAAGCACAUCAUGUAACACCUACUUCUGCUGUGAUAUCUUGGAUGCCGAGUAAUAGUAAUUAUCAACAUACUGUUUGCGUCAAUAAUGUCGAAGUGAGAACCGUUAAACCAGGGGUCUACAGACAUACCAUUACGGGUCUAGUGCCGAAUACAAUUUACAGAGUGACAGUCAGAGCUAAAAAUAUUAGAGCUCCACAAUUUGACGAUAAGACUGCUUCUGAUAAAUACGCAUCUCACAUAGAUUUUCGAACUUUGCCUAAAGGCAUGCCUGAUCCACCUUCUGAAAUUCAGGUUGAAGUAGGACCACAAGACGGCACUUUAUUAGUUACAUGGAUCCCUGUAAUGGCUGAAAGUGCGAACGGAGCACCAGUUACAGGUUAUGCAGUUUACGCGGACGGUAAAAAAGUUACCGAUAUCGAUAGUCCGACAGGUGAUCAUGCUCUAAUCGACAUCAGUAAAAUAAUCAGCAUGAAUCCGCGAAAUGUCACUGUUCGAACGAAGUCUAAAGAAAAUCAGUCUUGUGAUAGCAACGCCACGCCGAUUCCAUCAUCCGCUAUAAAAGCGCGACAUCAUAGUUCAAAAGGAAAUAAUUAUGGACGCCAUCAAGCCAAAAACGCUUAUGGCCAAGUUCUCGUAAUAGAUCCUGAAGAAAAUCUCAGUGAUAAGGAAGUUUACCCUGGACAGAGCUCAUCCGUUCCCGCAAUUGAAAUUACGAAAGAAAAUCUAGCCGAUGAAAAUUACAGCGAAGAAGAAUUUUUAGAAACUCAUAGAUCUAAUAGAAAUAUUCGUUACAAUCAACCCCCUCCUCCUCGAUCUCAUGGUCCACCUCGAAGUCAUUUAGAACGAGGUAGACCACCCCCUCCGCACUCAGGUCAUGAACGAGUACUGCCUCGUCCUAAUUACGAUGUUAGAUCGUACGAUAUGCGUCGAGAUAAUAGAGAAUAUCACCAUUCGCCAGCACGUUCAACAGAUAGACGAACUAGAGUUAUGAACGAUCCUCACAUGAAACCGAACAGAGGACCAACGCAAUCACAAGCUUCUCCUGUCAACAGGCAGCAUCCUGCUCCAGCAACCGCAACUCCGGAUGAUAAAUCCAGGCUCGUUGUAGCGUUAUUCGAUUACGAUCCAUCGUCCAUGUCUCCAAAUCCAGCCACAAGUCACGAAGAAUUAGCCUUCUCGGCUGGAGAUCAAAUAAAAAUCUUGAGUGAAAAAGAUCCAGAUGGUUUUUACUGGGGCGAAUGUCACGGUAAACAAGGUUACGUGCCGCAAAAUAUGAUCACCGAUCUUGAAAAUGCACCAAAGACUCUGUUGAAAAAAAUCAAACAGCAUACGAGGUAUCCUGAUAUACAUCAUAACGCCAAGGCGAGGAAAAUGAUCGCGUUGUAUGAUUACGAUCCGCACGAAAAUUCGCCCAAUCUCGAUUCCGAUGCGGAAAUCAGCUUCAGCCAAGGUCAAAUCAUUUACGUAAAAGGCGAGCCAGACGACGACGGUUUUUAUUUGGGCGAAGUGGACGGUAUGCAGGGCUUAGUACCUUCGAAUUAUUUACAAGAGAUAGACGAAUACCAAGAAGAUGAUAGGCAACCUCCUCAUGCACGCCAAACCAAUCGUGGAGUUGUUAGACCAAUACCUCAAAGGGAUCAAAAUCGUGGGCACGGGCCCGGUGCCAGAGGACCACCACCUCCUCCUCGAGAUGGAAUGCCACCAAGAUCAGACGUCAGGGAUAGAAGGAAAGAUGCGCGCCCUCAGUACGAAAAUCAGCAGGAUCAAAUUAGAAAUACCGGAAGAACAGACGAAGGACGUCACUUGGAUAGACGAAUGGGACGAGAACUUCCUUCGGUAAAAGGAGACCAUUAUGGAAAUAUGCCAACGCGAGAAAAUAAUACGAGUACCAUUGCUUCCAAUCUUCAAAAUAACGAUCCAAAUAGGAGUAGUUUUAGAACUAACAGAACAAUAAGAGGAACUCCGAAUGUUAUUCCAGAGCUUUCAGCAAAUAAACCAACUAACGCCCCUCCAUCUACUGGUACAGGAUUAAAGUUUCCCGAAUCGCCGAAUAUCAUGCAGAAAUUGAGCGAAAUAACUCAUAACGCUGAAAAUCCUGUAGACAAUAUUUUAUCAAAAGGCAAAGAAUUAAUUUUUAUGAAAUUCGGUUUAGGUAAAUGAUACAAAAAAAAUAAUUCUCUGCUUUCAAAAUCACUGCCUUCGUAUUUUUUUCUCACGUUUACAUACAUUUUCUAUGAAUCGUUAAUAUUACUUUUUUUUUUUUUUUUUUUUUAAAUGAUACAAAAUAUAUGUACGUAUGUAUUGUUGAGCAUUGUUGAGUUAUGUUUCACUGACGUUGAAUAUUAUACUUAUGUAUUAUACCAUAUUAUAAAUGAAAUUAGGAGGAGAAGUAACUUUUUAAAAAUUUACUUUAUUCAUUUGAUUCAUUCGUUUUUUUAUUUUGUGUUUGUUUCGUUCUAAGUUAUACUUAUUCUUUCUUUCGUUUUUUUUUUUUUUUUUUUUUACCAAUUUACGCUCUUUUUUUAUUUUAAAAAAAUUUUAUACUUGAGCGAAAUUUUGAACUCUUUUUGCCAAAUGAAAUACCUCUCUAUCUCGACUAUUAUUUACGAUUAAAUGUUUUUUUUUUUAGAAAGGAAAAAAUAAUGAAAAAUUUAACGGACGGAGGUGCAGACAUGGAGUAUUUAUUUCAUUAUACUUUGUACUUUAUAUAAGAAGUUACCUUCGCAUAUCCUGUUUCUGAAUUUGACUUGACUAUUUAUUACUUUAUUCUUUAUAGAACUUCUUAAGUCAUCACAGUGUAGAUAAUUACAUGUAGGAUUGUCGAUCUUCUAAUAAUGCAAUUUUAUAACAGACGAAAAAUUAUGCGAUUGAAUUUAUAUCUGUUUUUUUUUUUUUUUUUUUUUUUCUAAAAUCAAUGGUGUACAUUUUUACUUAUUGUAUGUCUAUUUUCUUCGCAUCUAAAAUGUUAUCAAAAUUUACUGAAUCAUUCACUCGAAAUUUUCUGACAGUGAAUUUAGUAAUUUUCACUUCUUUCCCUGAUGAAAAAUGCAACAUUAUACAGAUUUUAUAUUUUUCGUAAUAUACCUUGAUAUUCUCUUCACCAUAAAAAUGAAGAAGAUUGAUGUAUUUUCUGAAUUUUAUUAUGGGGAAAACAUCGUUCGAAUAUAAUUUUCAAAAUGUAUUUUGCCUAUUAUAAAAGUAUCGGCAGUUUUUUUUACAUUUUUUUAAAAAACAAAAUCUUUUUUUUUAACUCGUCAAAUUAUUAUUGAAAAAUGUAGAUGCUUCUAUUAUUUUUAAAUUUGAAUCUUUUUGCAAUUGGAAAAAUAAAGAUCGUCGUUUCGUUUCGCUUAAAAAUAUUACAAAAACAUGUCGGCAUUUUUAUUUUUAGCUUGAAUUUUCUCUGUACCUAAUAUUCCUCGAAUAAGUAAUUUGAAUUUAUGUCCAUUUUCAUGUUUCGACUAAUUAAUGGCGUAUUUUUGUACUCUAUGCAAAAAUUAAAUUGUACAAACAUAAGUCACACAAGUAAUACCUAUUUCGUGUUAUGGUACAUUUUUAUUAAAAUUCCAAAAUUGUAUUUUUGUCCAUAUUAAGCCUUACUUACAUACAAAGUUAUAUGAAUGAACUAAAAGUGACAAAAAUUUUCUCAAUAAAAAAAAUGAAGAUUAGUUUUUUUUUUAAAUGUCUCAUUUCAAAUUUUAUGUGGGAAAAUAAGGUCUGCUUAUGUAUGCUUCAUUGAUAUCAGUAAUUUAAAAAUUGUCUAACAGGACAUUUUAAUAUAUCAUUAUUAAAUGUUACAUUACGUCAAUAAUAUGAAUAAACAUAUUUUAUUUUG